AUGGCUCAAUUAUAUCAAUCACAAGAUCUUACCCCUGAACAAAUCCAGAUUAUCUUAAACUCUGUUCCUAUUUUGGAACAAGCUGGAGAAACUUUAACUGCUAAAUUUUACAAGAAGAUGCUUUCUGACUACGAUGAAGUAAAACCAUUUUUUAAUGAAACUGAUCAGAAGUUGUUACGUCAGCCAAAGAUAUUGGCAUUUGCGUUGUUGAACUAUGCUAAACACAUUGAAGAUUUAACCCCAUUGGGUGACUUUGUUAAACAAAUUGUAUCUAAGCAUGUGGGAUUACAAGUCAAAGCAGAACACUACCCCAUUGUUGGAAAAUGUCUUCUUGAGACUAUGGUUGAUUUAUUACCAUCAGAAGUGGCAAAUGAAGAGUUUUUGAAUGCAUGGGCUAUUGCUUACGGGAACUUAGCAAAAAUUUUAAUUGAUUCAGAAGCUACUGAAUAUGAUAAGAGUCCAUGGCAGGGCUUUCGAGAAUUUAAAGUAACAAAGAUUGUUCCUGAAUCUGAUGAUGUUAAGUCAGUUUAUUUUACACCUAAUGAUGAAGGACACAUAUCCGCACCUCUUAGAGGUCAAUAUGUAUGUAUUAGAUGGUUGCUUCCCGGUGAUUUAUUUGAAAAGAGUAGGGAAUACUCUCUAUCGGAGUAUCCUAGCCACAAUGAAUAUAGAAUUUCAGUUAGAAAGCUAGAAGGAGGUAAAGUAUCUACUUUCAUUCAUGAAACUUUAAAUAUUGGAGAUACUUUGAGCGUGGCUCCACCUUGUGGUUCUUUCGUUUACUCAGAAGGUUCCAACGAAGUUGUAAUGAUUGCAGGUGGAAUUGGUAUUACUCCACUAAUUUCAAUCAUAGAUAGGGCAUUAGAUGCUGGCAGUAAAGUCGUAUUGUUGAAUUCCAAUAGAAAUUCAUCGGUAAGACCAUUUGCUGAUUUCUUUAAGGAAAAGAAAACUUUGUAUGGUGAUAAGUUUACUUUAACGGAAUACUUUUCUAACUGUACCAAAAUUGAAGAGUCUAUUGACAAAGUAAUACAAAGGAAGUUGGAGCUUCCAGAUUUAGAUUUCAUUAAACCAUCGGAUGAAGUUUACCUCUUGGGCCCUCGUGGAUAUAUGAAAUCAAUUAAAGCCUACUUAGAAAAGAAGGGAAUAAAAGUUAAGUUGGAGUAUUUUGGACCUUUAGAUGUAUAA